GCUCCCUUGUGUAUCUGUAUCCGUAGCCUGCAAGACCCUUGUCCAUCCGAGCGCUGCUCCCGAGUCCAGCUCGACACCAGCUCGACCAGGUUCUCUGCCGUUCAGCGUCCCACAUCCCUUUUCUCGCCCGUUGAGCGUUUUAUGUUAUUUGCAGAAAGAAAGAAAAAGCCAAAAACCCACCAACGCAGCACGCACGACACACCGCUGAUCGUCGAAGAGAGCACAUCCGACGGCGUACUUACUGUACCUAGGCAUCCUAUCUGCAGAGACGCAAGGAAAGGAGACCUGUGCGGCGUGCCCUGGCUGGCUGGCUGGGAAAGCGGGCGUCCGGCGCGUGGCUUGUCGAUCGUGGUGGUGUCAGUUGUUGGUUGUGGUGGUCCGGAAGUUGAUUCCGUGGGACCCGGGGACGCUGUAUUAUUGCUUUUUCGAGUGCUCCUACGGUUCGUUGUCGUCAAGGACUGCUGUGUAGGGUCUAGCUAUGACUUAGGAAUUGGAGCUGCGGAUCACAUUGGGCACAGGACAUUUCGUUUCGGCGCUAGCUAG